AUGUUCGGAUACAAGCCAUCAAGAGAAUCGUCAGUGAUCAAGGCGUUCAAAGACUCUUUCCAUGAUCUGGCCUCCCUUGGAAAAACCCGCAAAGAUAUUCGACCAUUUGAAUGGAGUCUUAUCCGACAGGUCUUCUGGGUCGGUUACUGGAACCUAUCUGUCCUAGGCUUGCUAAUCUAUCUGUGUCUGUUGCCGCUGGGCUUCAGCGACGACGAAAGCCCCUGCCAGCCAGAUGGAGAGUUUCGGUUCUGGGCGCCUAAGGGAUUCUUUCAGAUUACGCUUGGUUGGGGUCGAUUCAGUUUUGGAACUGCAAAGCUCAUUGAUGUUGUUUGGGACUUGGUUGUUGGUCGAGGAGGGCAAACGGUCAUGGCUCUCGUGUCAUGGCGAGUAUUUGUCGAAUAUCUCCAACUCUCUCUUAUUACAAAGCCGGCGACUUAUAGCACAGUGUGGCUCAUCAGGUUCCAGAAAGACAACUCCGCGCUCGCAACAUGGAAACUAGCCUCUGGAUUCUUCAAGGUUGGCCUCGCAUCCAAAGAGGUUAUGUGCUUCAUGAUUUGGACAGCAUUUUCGAUGACCGGAUAUACCCCGUAUAACAAGGCUUAUGUUAACGGUACCACUGGAAAGCUCGUGCAGUUUUCAGAAAUCGCCCCCAUCGCUUAUGUGAUACGAGAUAGGGAUAGAGUAGAUGGCCUUAAUGAGGACUAUCCCGUGUUAUGGAAAGGCAGUAAGAUGAUUUACCAGGUACAUAUCCAAGGACGCAAGCUUACAGAUUUCCUAGACUCAACAGUACUUUCCAGAUCUUCUUCUACGGAGCUCUAUGACACGUGUGAUGAGUGGGAAGACGUGAACAACACACAGGCUGACUGCCAGCUGCAGAGAGACGUUUCACAAUGUAUGCACUCCCAAGUCUAUGUUCAGUUCUAUGGAUUUGAGGGAAAGGGCGGCCGUGAAACCAAGCACGGCCAGAAAACCUAUUUCCGUAACAAGACACUGGACUGGCCACCCCUCAACAUCAAAGCGUUCUAUCUUCCAACCCCAUUUUAUUGUAACUGGAAGGCCAACUUUACCGAUACGCCUUCUUCAAACCCUCUCAAUCAUUAUAAGGACAGUUCAGCCUUGACGUUUCUUGUUGAGCAUGAGGCAUACAAUGUGAAGGAGGUCCGAGCUGAAGGGAUAUGUCAACCAAUAAAGAGUGGACUGUUCGUCAUGACUAUCCUCCUUCAUUCAUGGAAUAUCGGUCUUGUUGUGUUAUGGACAACCACAGAUUUGACACUGAAACGAAAUAAUGUUGCAGCAUCGCCUGAAGGCUGGAAGGGUCUCCUCAAGAUGACGGACAAUAUCAAAGAACAGAUGGCGUCUGUUGGCAUAAUUUGGGAAAAUCUGACUGAGGAAGAGCUGCAUAACGAGAUUCAGCUUCUUCUCACGGGGGGGGGCCGCAUAUGGAAAUGGAUGUGGAAGUAUAAAGUGCAUCUUCUAGAAGGCAUCUUCUUUAUUGUUUGCAUUUGCCUAGAGAAUACCCUUCGUUCUGAUGGACUGUACUAUCACUUUGACAAGGGGCUUUUCUGGAUGGCAGUCGUUCUUUACACAAUCGCGAGCCUGAUUAUGGCCUGUGCCCUGGGCUCAACGUAUCGGCAGAGGCUGUUGACCUUAUUAACAGCCAUUGGUUUGUCCUUCCCCUUCUUGUUUGAAAAGUCGGCGGCAUUACUAUUAUGGUUAUCGAGAACAAUAGAAUCAGCAGCUUGA